AUGUCGAAUCAAACGCCCUCAACUCCGGUCAAGGUACCGCCCUCGGCCGCGAACCACUCAGCAGCGACUCUGGAUCCUGAGCUGCGCUCACAGAUCAACACACUGUUGUUGAAGGACGGCCAUGUCACAAAAAUCCAAGAACAACUCCUUCACUCCCUCCACGCAAACCAAGCAAACUGGCCGACCCUGAUCCAGAACCACGCCCUCAACCUCCUGCGCGCAGGCGAGGUCACAACCUUCCCAGACCUCCUCCGCCGCGUCCUCGACGACGUCCGCCAAGAUACCCUCAACCCCCCUCCAGCAGUUGCUGCAUCCCCUCCACCGUCCAAGACAAACGGCACGGACAAGGAAAAGGAUAAGGAAAAGAAGGCUAACGGUACUGCGCGCUCCACACCAGCGCCAGGCUCAGUGACCGAAUCCAGCACACCCCCAAGCCUUGCUAUUCCCUCAACUGUCAUUGAUGAGGCGAUCAAGAUUACGCAGGAAAGCUUAGAGGCUGUUUGUGAAAUUGACGGCGCAGGUAACUAA